AUGACAAAUACAGAAAGGAUCCUAUCAGCACUGGAUAGACUUAGAGAGGAUAUAGAUAUCCCUAUAUCAUCAUCUAACUUUAUCAAACAAAUAAUUGAGAAAGAUAUUAGUAGUGGGAAGCAUGACACAAUUGUAACAAGGUUUCCACCGGAACCAAAUGGCUUUUUACAUUUAGGCCAUGCAAAGGCUAUAUGUCUUAAUUAUGGGAUUGCAGUUCAAUAUAACGGUAAAUUUAAUUUACGUAUGGAUGAUACAAAUCCAUACUCUGAAGAACAAAGAUAUAUUGACUCCAUAGAAGUAGAUUUAAGUUGGUUAGGAGCUAAAUGGGGUACUCACAAGUAUUAUACAUCAGAUUAUUUUGAUCAAUUGUAUAUUUGGGCUAAAAAGCUCAUUGAACUUGGAAAAGCAUAUGUUGACCAUCAGACAAUUGAGGAAAUCAGAAAAAAUCGUGGUGAUAAUGAUACUCCACCAAAGGAUUCUAUAUAUAGGAACCGUUCUAUUGAAGAGAAUAUGGAACUUUUUGAAGAGAUGAAGAAUGGUAAAUUUGAAGAGGGUGAAUGUGUCUUAAGAGCAAAAAUCGAUAUGAAUCAUGGAAAUCCAAAUCUACGUGACCCUAUAUUGUAUCGGAUUUUGAAGCAAUCACAUCCUCAUACUGGAGAUAAGUGGUCCAUUUAUCCGAUGUAUGACUUUGCUCAUGGUCAAAGUGAUUCAAUAGAGGGAAUUACACAUAGUAUUUGUACACUAGAAUUUGAAUUACAUCGUCCACUUUAUAUUUGGUUUCAAAAGGUACUAGAUAUAAGAAGAACAGAACAAAUAGAGUUUGCUAGACUGAAUAUUACACACACAGUAUUGAGUAAAAGGAAACUACUUAUAUUAGUUAAUGAUAAGUAUGUGAAUGGAUGGGAUGAUCCUAGAAUGCCAACUAUAUCUGCUGUUAGAAGGAAAGGAUAUCCACCACAAGCAUUGUGGGAUUUUUGUGAUAAGAUUGGAGUAGCUAGAAGAGAUCAGCUUAUACAUAUUGAGUUACUUGAAGAUUGUGUUAAGGAUAGAUUACAUCUUAUUUGUCCAAGACGUUUUGCUUGUAUUAAUCCAUUGAAAGUUGUUAUAACAAAUUGGAAUUACAAUGAUGAGCAUUUGAUUGAAAUCGAAGUCCCUAAUCACCCAGAUCAAGGUGUUGAUAUGGGAAAACGCCUGAUUUAUUUCUCAAAAUAUUUAUGGAUUGAAAAGAGUGACUUUUGGGCAUCUAACUCUGAGCCUCCAAAGGAUUUCAAACGCCUUGCAAAAGGUAGGUCAAUUCGUCUUAAAUAUGGAUUUGUUGUAACUUGUAAUGAUGUGAUUUAUAAUGAGGAGACCGGAGAAUUACUUGAAAUACAUUGCACAUAUUUGGAAAAUAGCCAUUUAAUCCCUUCCAAUAUAAACAAUACUCAAAAUAAUUUAUUUAAACGUUUAGCAGCAAUUCACUGGUUGUCUUCUAAAAAUACUUGUGAGGUUGAGUUUCGCUUGUAUGGGAGAUUAUUUAGUGUGCAAGAUCCAGGGAAUCAAGACAAGGAUUGGAGAGAGUAUAUUAAUAGAAAAAGCCUAGUAGUGAGAAGAGGUUUUGCUGAGAAGAAUAUUUUAGAAUAUGAAAUUGAAUAUACUAAAGAUUCAAGAAUAGAUACCUUUGAGAAACCAAACCGUUAUCAGUUUGAAAGAAUAGGGUUUUUUACACGUGAUGUAAUAAGCUCUACAAGGACACUACCUGUAUAUAAUUUGACAAUACAACUUGGAGAGUCACCAGAUGCCUUAAUUAAGACAAUAACAGAAACCGGAGCAGAACAAUAUAUGCAAGAGAGUUAUCGAAAAACUACAUACCAUAAAAAUAGAGAGAAGAUAGCAGCAGAGAGAGCAGCCAAGAAAACAGCAAAGGGAGUUAGAGGGAAGUAG